UUCUAUCUUCUAUCUUCGACUCCUCUUACUCCUCUGUCGAUCUGUACCGGUCCACGUCUCCGCCGAAGCUCCACCGGCAACCCCAAAACCCCGCGCCGUUUGAGACCAUGUCAGAGAAUGCACCACCGUACCAAAUCCAAACCCAAAGCCAAGACUAUGAGUCACUCACCGUUUCUUUGCUCUCUCACCAGCAACGAUCCAUUAAUUCCACCUCUCAGGUCGCCAUCGUUGGCGCCAACGUCUGCCCUAUAGAAAGCCUUGACUACGAGAUUGCGGAGAAUGAUUUCUUCAAACAGGACUGGAGGACGCGUGGCAAGAUCCAGAAAUUUCAAUAUAUUUUCAUGAAAUGGCUCCUCUGUUUCUUGAUCGGCGGUUUCGUCAGUCUCGUUGGUUUCUUCAAUAAUCUCGCCGUUGAGAAUAUCGCCGGCGUUAAAUUCGUCGUCACUUCAAACAUGAUGUUGGAUGGAAGGUACGGGAUGGCAUUUACAGUGUUUUCUGUAUCAAAUCUGGUCCUAACUCUCUUUGCCGCCAUCAUAACUGCUUUUAUUUCUCCAGCGGCUGCCGGUUCAGGUAUACCGGAAGUGAAGGCUUACUUGAACGGUGUCGAUGCUCCGGAUAUAUUUUCACCACGAACUUUAGUGGUUAAGAUUGUGGGAAGCAUUUCUGCAGUGUCUUCAUCUCUGGUGGUUGGGAAGGCAGGGCCUAUGGUGCAUAUAGGUUCAGGCAUUGCAUCAUUGUUUGGACAGGGUGGAUCGAGAAAAUAUGGUUUGACAUGGAAGUGGCUUCGUUUCUUUAAGAAUGACAGAGACCGACGAGAUCUUGUAACAUGUGGAUCGGCAGCUGGAAUUGCUGCUGCUUUCAGUGCCCCAGUUGGAGGCGUUCUGUUUGCUCUUGAAGAAAUGGCAUCUUGGUGGAGAAGUGCCCUUCUUUGGAGAUCUUUCUUUACAACUGCUGUAGUUGCAAUUAUACUUCGAGCCCUAAUUGAUGUUUGUUUUAGUGGAAAAUGUGGGCUAUUUGGUAAAGGGGGUUUGAUAAUGUUCGACGCCUAUUCAGCAAAUAUUUCAUAUCACCUAGCUGAUGUUCCUCCUGUUCUUGUUCUUGGAGUAAUUGGCGGCAUAUUAGGAAGUUUGUAUAAUUUCCUUUUAAUCAGGGUUCUCCGAGUUUACAAUUUCAUUUACGAGAAAGGCAUUAUUUAUCAAAUUUUUAUUGCAUGCACAAUCUCAAUUUUCACAUCGGUUCUGCUUUUUGGAUUACCAUGGCUUGCAUCUUGCCAACCAUGCCCCUUGGAUGCAGCUGAAGCCUGUCCCACGAUAGGUCGAUCCGGUAACUAUAAGAGAUUUCAAUGCCCUCAUGGUCACUACAAUGAUCUUGCAAGUCUCAUUUUCAACACAAAUGAUGAUGCGAUCAGAAAUCUUUUGAGCAAGGAUACUGACUCUGAGUUUCAGCUCUCAUCUAUGCUCAUAUUUUUCGUCACCUGCUUCAUUCUUAGUAUUUUAAGCUACGGGAUUGUUGCUCCGGCAGGUCUAUUUGUACCUGUGAUAGUAACUGGUGCAUCUUAUGGGCGCUUCAUUGGAAUGUUACUUGGUUCUCAUACAAAUCUUAGUCACAGUCUCUAUGCAGUGCUUGGCGCGGCUUCAUUUCUUGGUGGAUCUAUGAGGAUGACUGUCUCCUUGUGUGUUAUAAUUCUGGAAUUGACCAAUAACCUAUUAUUGUUGCCGCUGAUAAUGAUUGUUCUCCUUAUUUCCAAGACUGUAGCUGAUGCUUUUAACUGCAGCAUUUACGACCUUAUUAUGAAAGUAAAAGGUUUUCCUUACCUGGAAACUCAUGCUGAACCUUAUAUGAGGCAGCUGACUGUUGCCGAUGUUGUCUCUGGCCCACUUCAGCUGUUUCAUGGAAUCGAGAAGGUCGGAAAUAUAGUACACAUCCUUAAAACCACAAGGCAUCAUGGGUUCCCUGUUAUAGAUACAUCUCCAGAUUCUGAAUCCUCGGUUUUAUAUGGUUCUAUACUCCGUUCUCAUCUUAUUGCAUUGCUAAAGAAGAAAGCAUUCUUGUCCACCCCUAUGCGGUUAGGUGUCAGUGAUGCCUUUAAGCAUUUUUCGGCAGAUGAUUUUGCAAAGAGGGGAUUAGGUAACGUUGACAAGAUAGAAGACAUUGAAUUAACUGAUGAGGAGAUGGAGAUGUUCCUGGAUCUACACCCUUUUACCAACGCUUCACCAUAUACAGUUGUGGAGACAAUGUCACUAGCUAAGGCCCUCGUGCUUUUCCGUGAAGUUGGUCUGCGGCACCUACUCGUCAUACCCAAGAUCUCCAACAGAGCACCUGUGGUGGGCAUAUUAACAAGGCACGAUUUCAUGCCGGAACACAUAUUCGGUUUGCAUCCAUUGUUGGUAAGGAGUAGGUGGAAAAGAUUGAGGCUUCAAUUGCCCCGUUUAUUGAAAAUAUUAUAGGUGGCGGCGGCGAUCAUGUUCGGUCGUUGUGUAUGGGGCUUACCCUUGAAACUAGAACUGUAAAUGGUCUUGUACUCUUAUAAUCAAACUGCACUAAGUUGUAGGAUGAUUCCCUCCAUUUGUGAUUGGCGAAGACUACUCAGAUCCGGCGGGGGAAUCACAUUGAACGAACUACUGCAAUCUGUAUUUUGCCCUUACUGUAGAAUUCGAGGUAUGUCAAAAUUUUAUCGACUCUUUGAUUUA